AUUAAAUAAAUGUAAUGCAAGUUAGAUUCAGUUGUGAUGUUAUUUUGUGUUGGCAAUAUAUGGUUGGAGAUCAAAUAGAAUCAGAAGUCAUAAAUUGUUGGAUACUUGAGUAUGAGUAAAAAGAUUCCAGUUCAAUGGCAACUAAGAAUUGAAAGGCAAUAUAAGCCAUUCUUUUCAACUAAUUUAUGGUAUCUGGCUUGCCAAUUGCUUUUAUGUCAUUGCAAUUACAUAUAAUUAGUAUUUAGAUACUGGAGACCUUACCUUUCUCUCCUGCUCUCCCUCCCUUACCCUUGACUAGCUCCAGCCAAAUCCCUACCACCUCCAGCUACUGACUUCUUAUGGACAGAGCAAACAAAUGGCUAGGAACCUGUGAGAAGGAAAGUUGGCUUGGAGAAAUAUAAACCUGGUGUGGUCAUUUUCCUACACACUUUUAUGCUCAUCCAUGUUUUAAUUUAAUAUAAUAAACCUUGGAUUAAUUACUUUUUCGUUGUAUUAUUACUGACAAGUAUAAAUCAAUUAUUUAUACACAUAGAGCAUCAUUUAAAAGUCAUAGUUUAAUUAUAGCUGAAUCAUGCUUCCUUAUCAAAUGUUAGCAUCUACAGGAUUCAGGAUGAGAGCAGGUAUAAUGCUGGAAGAGUCGGCCACUCAAAAGGAUGUUGGUUACAAAAGUUCCAGAGUGCGACAGAGGAAGAGGCAAAAGGACAAUACCAGGAUCAGAACUUUACUGCUUCAGAAAGGGAAGCUAUGUGUGGGUCCAAACCUAGCACAAAAGGAAGCAACAGUAUUAACAGGAAUGGCUAUCAUGCACAUGGAAAUGGAAAUGGCUUCAGGACUCCUACAUGAUGGCGAGUUUUUGUUAGUAGAUGUAACUGCUGUCCUUUUCUGAGGAUCGCCACGGCUAGUUGUUACUAUUGGGUUGUUAGCCUUCUUGUAUGUAAACGAUGUUAAGUUGAACUGAUUUCUCUGUAUGUUGUAUUGGUUAAGUUUGAAAAUAUGUUUCCUCGUGUUUCUCAAGAACAAGCUGCUAAGUUUAAACUAGAUUAACUUAUUGAAGAGAAAAUUUUGAAUAACAUAUUUGCCAAGAUAAUUCUUUU